UAAGAGCAUUCAAUAUCUUGGUGUUUACAAAAUUGGAGUUUUAUACAUAUAGUUUUACAAAUUGUUUAACUUAUAAAUAAGAUGCGAAUCGCUUAUUCUGUCAUAGUUGGAACGCGCAAUUGUCAAAUUUCGGUUCAGCAUAGCGGUCAUGGUACGAAUCUUCAUACAAAUUGAACGAACGAAAUGUGAUUACCGCUGUGACGUGGAAACCUAAACUGUCUCGUUUUUUGGAUGUCACGGUACGAAUUAGGGAUGCAUCUCAGUUGUAGGUUGUCAAUAGGCUCGCAAUAAGAGCUCAUGCAGCGGUCAGGUAGUCCUGAACAGCGCACAAACGCUAUCAGAAAUUAGCCGAACAGCACGUACCAACAAUGCUUAACGUCAGAUUGUAUAAUAAAUCAAAUGGUCUACAGCAGACUAUCUCGUUGAAGUAUCUAGAAGAAUAUAAAAAUAUAAUCAAUUGGAAAAUGGACUCAACGGUCCUAGACAUUGGUUGUGGUGAUGGGAGUUUGACAACAAAAAUAUUCAAAGAAAUAAUUCCGAAUUGCAAGACCAUAACAGGCUGUGACAUAAGUGAAGAUAUGAUACGUUUCGCAAACGAACACUUUGCAUCGGAUCGUGUUAAUUUCACUACUCUUAACAUAGAGGGAGAGCUGCCGGAUCAGCUAAGAGAACGUUUCAAUCAUGCUAUUUCCUUUUUUGCUAUAAACUGGUGUCGUCGACAAGAAACUACGUUUCAGAACAUAUACGAUAUCCUUAAGGACCAAGGAAGUUGUUUCGCGAUUAUCGUAGAAAAAUUUACAUUAUUUGAUGCAUACAGGAACCUUGCUAAUACCGAAAAGUGGAAGCAAUGGGUCAUUGACGUUGAAAAAUACAUAUCUCCAUACCAUGACAGCCAAGAUUCCCUUAAAGAAAUGCAACAUUUGUUAGGCAAAAUUGGAUUUACUAUAAAAAAAUUAGAACACAAGACAAUAGUUCACGACUACGAAAAACAAGAGAAUUUAAAAGGUGCACUAAUGUCUGUGGUGCCUUUCAAGUUCCCGGAUGAGUUAUAUGACGACUUUUUUAUAGACUUAAGUAACGAAAUGCAGAUGUUGGACACUAAAACGUACAAUUUCAAAAAAUCUACUAAUGAUUCUGUACUUAACAUACAAAUACUCGUUUUAUAUGCUGAAAAAAAGUAAUAGUUCUGUUUUCAUUGAUUGUUCUGAAAUUGAAAUGUAACAUUUAAUUAUAAAAUCCAAUUAUUGACAAAAUACAAACAUAUAUUCUAUAUAGCUCUUUUCAUCUUUUAUUUAUGUUCAAUAAAAAGAAUUUUGUUGCAUCUGAAGUAAUGUUUGCCAACGCAAAUUGACCAUUGGGUUGUAAGAACCAAAGUGCCGGUUCAUUAGGCUAAAAAGGCGAAACUUUUAUACUGACACUUCGUCUUUACCUGCCGUAGCCAUCUUUUGUAAAUAAAAUGUCAAAUCACACAAAUAAUCAUAUCGGAGUCACCCACUACAGGUGCGCCAUAUGAUAAAAGUUUUUAGGCUAGGCUUACUGAAGAAUAAAUGAACAGCUAUUUUUGAUAAACAUUUAUUCAAUUAUAAUUUGGUGUCUUCAGUUA